AUUACUGCAGUUGAGCACAGCAGAAGCUAAGGCAGCUAAGCUAAGAAGAAGAAGAAUGGCAUCUCCGCCCAUGAAGACGGAGCAGUCGUUUGAGUUCGGGGAGCUCAGCCCUCAAGAUGCCAUGGGAUCUGCCUCAGAGUCGUCUUACAGCCCUCCCGGAGCUGUGUUUGGGGUCUCCCCACCGGAGUCCUCGCCGCGCGGCCGGAAUAAUAGAAGGAGGGAUAGACCUUCGUGGGUUAAAAUUACGUAUACACCUUAUUUUGAUGGUCACUUGUGGCGCAAAUAUGGCCAAAAGAAAAUCAAGGACGCUGAGUACCCUAGGCUAUACUUCAGAUGUUCCUACCGUGGAGACAGACAAUGCAUGGCGUCUAAGCUGCUGCAACAGAAGAACGGCGACGACCCACCACUGUACGAGGUGACCUACACGUACGAGCACACUUGCGGCGCACCACCCAUCCCGUUCCCGGAUAUCGUGGCGGAGCCGCCGCCGGCGGCCUCCAGGGAAGGGUUGGUGCUCAGGUUCGAUUCCCCGGCCGGCGGCCACGGCGGCGCCGCGCAGAUGAUGCAACAGCAUCAGGGGCAGCACCAGUCUACUUGUCGGAGUCCGUUCAUGAUGCUGAGCUUUGGUUCGAGUUGCCAGACGCACAAUCAGCAGCCUGCCUUCCAUUCUGACCUGGCCGAGCCCGGAACGUCGUCGUCCAUUCCGAACGAGGGGCUGCCGGCGCCGCCGCCGGCAAACGGCGACGGCGACAUGUUCCCGACAUGGGACUCCUUCACGUAUGAUUUCGACAGCCAUGUGCACUUCGGCGACCACACGCGUUUACCUUAUAACAGUAAUUACGAUUGUGAUGAUUUCUGAUCAAAGGUAGUGUAAAGAAGCAUUGCGAGAGC